GCCAGAGGACAGCGCAUCCUUUCGGCGCGGGCCGGCAGGGUCCCUGCGGUCGGCAAGCUGGCUCCCCGGGUGGCCACCGGGACCCCCGAGCCCAAUGGCGGGGGCGGCGGCAAAAUCGACAACACUGUAGAGAUCAACCCCACCUCCAACGGACAGGUCGGGACCCUCGGAGAUGCGGUGCCCACGGAGCAGCUGCAGGGUGAGCGGGAGCGCGAGCGGGAGGGGGAGGGAGACGCGGGCGGCGACGGACUGGGCAGCAGCCUGUCGCUGGCCGUGCCCCCAGGCCCCCUCAGCUUUGAGGCGCUGCUCGCCCAGGUGGGGGCGCUGGGCGGCGGCCAGCAGCUGCAGCUCGGCCUCUGCUGCCUGCCGGUGCUCUUCGUGGCUCUGGGCAUGGCCUCGGACCCCAUCUUCACGCUGGCGCCCCCGCUGCAUUGCCACUACGGGGCCUUCCCCCCUAAUGCCUCUGGCUGGGAGCAGCCUCCCAAUGCCAGCGGCGUCAGCGUCGCCAGCGCUGCCCUAGCAGCCAGCGCCGCCAGCCGUGUCGCCACCAGUACCGACCCCUCGUGCAGCGGCUUCGCCCCGCCGGACUUCAACCAUUGCCUCAAGGAUUGGGACUAUAAUGGCCUUCCUGUGCUCACCACCAACGCCAUCGGCCAGUGGGAUCUGGUGUGUGACCUGGGCUGGCAGGUGAUCCUGGAGCAGAUCCUCUUCAUCUUGGGCUUUGCCUCCGGCUACCUGUUCCUGGGUUACCCCGCAGACAGAUUUGGCCGUCGCGGGAUUGUGCUGCUGACCUUGGGGCUGGUGGGCCCCUGUGGAGUAGGAGGGGCUGCUGCAGGCUCCUCCACAGGCGUCAUGGCCCUCCGAUUCCUCUUGGGCUUUCUGCUUGCCGGUGUUGACCUGGGUGUCUACCUGAUGCGCCUGGAGCUGUGCGACCCAACCCAGAGGCUUCGGGUGGCCCUGGCAGGGGAGUUGGUGGGGGUGGGAGGGCACUUCCUGUUCCUGGGCCUGGCCCUUGUCUCUAAGGAUUGGCGAUUCCUACAGCGAAUGAUCACCGCUCCCUGCAUCCUCUUCCUGUUUUAUGGCUGGCCUGGUUUGUUCCUGGAGUCCGCACGGUGGCUGAUAGUGAAGCGGCAGAUUGAGGAGGCUCAGUCUGUGCUGAGGAUCCUGGCUGAGCGAAACCGGCCCCAUGGGCAGAUGCUGGGGGAGGAGGCCCAGGAGGCCCUGCAGGACCUGGAGAAUACCUGCCCUCUCCCUGCAACAUCCUCCUUUUCCUUCGCUUCCCUCCUCAACUACCGCAACAUCUGGAAAAAUCUGCUUAUCCUGGGCUUCACCAACUUCAUUGCCCAUGCCAUUCGCCACUGCUACCAGCCUGUGGGAGGAGGAGGGAGCCCAUCGGACUUCUACCUGUGCUCUCUGCUGGCCAGCGGCACCGCAGCCCUGGCCUGUGUCUUCCUGGGGGUCACCGUGGACCGAUUUGGCCGCCGGGGCAUCCUUCUUCUCUCCAUGACCCUUACCGGCAUUGCUUCCCUGGUCCUGCUGGGCCUGUGGGAUUGUGAGCAUCCUACCUUCCCCACAGUGUGGGCUCAACAAGGGAACCCCAACAGAGAUCUGAACGAGGCUGCCAUCACCACUUUCUCUGUCCUUGGGCUCUUCUCCUCCCAAGCUGCCGCCAUCCUCAGCACCCUCCUUGCUGCUGAGGUCAUCCCCACCACUGUCCGGGGCCGUGGCCUGGGCCUGAUCAUGGCUCUAGGGGCGCUUGGAGGACUGAGCGGCCCGGCCCAGCGCCUCCACAUGGGCCAUGGAGCCUUCCUGCAGCACGUGGUGCUGGCGGCCUGCGCCCUCCUCUGCAUUCUCAGCAUUAUGCUGCUGCCGGAGACCAAGCGCAAGCUCCUGCCCGAGGUGCUCCGGGACGGGGAGCUGUGUCGCCGGCCUUCCCUGCUGCGGCAGCCACCCCCUACCCGCUGUGACCACGUCCCGCUGCUUGCCACCCCCAACCCUGCCCUCUGAGCGGCCUCUGAGUACCCUGGCGGGAGGCUGGCCCACACAGAAAGGUGGCAAGAAGAUCGGGAAGACUGAGUAGGGAAGGCAGGGCUGCCCAGAAGGCUCAGAGGCACCUCACGCCAGCCAUCGCGGAGAGCUCAGAGGGCCGUCCCCACCCUGCCUCCUCCCUGCUGCUUUGCAUUCACUUCCUUGGCCAGAGUCAGGGGACAGGGAGAGAGCUCCACACUGUAACCACUGGGUCUGGACUCCAUCCUGCGCCCAAAGACAUCCACCCAGACCUCAUUAUUUCUUGCUCUAUCAUUCUGUUUCAAUAAAGACAUUUGGAAUAAACGAGCAUAUCAUA